CUGCUCUCUCACUCGCACGCGCCCCUCUUCUUCCUCCCCCGUGCAAGAGCUCGCGCAGAGCAGACUCGCCACCGCCCCUCCCAUCGAUCUUCUCCCUCCGGCUGCCCUGCUUCGAUUCCUUAUGCCCAGACGUUCCCCACCACCUCCUCCAACUUUCCCAAACCCCAACUGAACUCCUCCUCGGCCCAAUCGACGGGAAUCGAAGCUCUAGACCACCAUGAACAGUAGCUCCGCCCCUCACCGUCGAAGUCCUACCUCCGGUCCUUCUCCAUCCAACCUAGGUAUAGAAAUAGACUCCCCUCAACUCACUAAUGCUCGUGCUCUCCUCGUUCUUACACGUUCCCGUUGUUUCCGCGCUCGUUUCCGAGCCAUGCCGCCGCCGGCAUGCUGCUGCUCGCCGCAAGCCACGCGCACACGCCUCUAUGCCGCGCCGCUUAGCGCCUCCACUCCGUCCGACCCUGUUGAACCUCCCAUGGCCGCCCUGUCGUCGACCACUCACCGGAGCGCGGCCGCACGCCGCCACCGCCGCCGCCAAGGUGCUGCUCCCGCCGCCAGCCCUCCCCCGGCCACCCCAGCUCUAACCGAGCACACCUACAUUUACGUGAAGGACCUCGUGCAGCAAUUCAAGCAAGUCCAGGGGGCUAACUGCACAAACCAAGACUCAGUGACCGAACUGUCGGAGGUCGAACCCGUGGAGCCCGCCAAGUCCGUUGAGUCUGAACCCGGAGUCCAGUUCGCGGCCGAGCCUGAAGUUAACCGAGGCAAGCAGCUAAGCAUGAAUCCUUGCUCCUAUCUAAUCUGAUUCAAUUAGUUAUCUCACCGGGUAAUGUUGGGUUAUAUAUAGUAUGUAUGUAUUGCAUUCUUAUACCUAUUUGUGUGCAUUAUCGUUCCUUGAUUUGUUAUCCAUGUCCUUGUCACUCGUUAGUCAGUUAAUCACUUAACUUGACUAGAUGCUUAGCCCUGCUUAGAAUAUUUAUAUUGCUCGCUAGACAGGAAUAGUUUGGAGGAUCACAUUUACCGGUUACCCUUGAUCGUACUGGUUCGGCUUGGUGGUAAAGGUAUGGUGGUAUCGAGGUUCGAGCGGAAUGGUAGGGCCUAGAGAAUGAAGUCACAUGGGUAUAGUCUGCUUGGACCGAUUAAGGACCGUCCGUGGAUGACGUUGGUUUUGAGCAACUUUUUGUGCUACCACAUAUCCAAUAUAAUGGUACGGAUGAGCCAAUUACCUUCUUUGACUUGAUCACGGAUGUGCAGUCCUAGAUACGUGGCUAAGGGCUAUGCAGAGAGGUUUAGAGGUGUCCCCGG